AAUAUUCAAUCGAAUGUUCGCAAUUAACCUAAAAUGUGACUGUUAUUGUCUAACGAAAUGACAAAUAUGAAUGGAAUAUCAGCGGUGCAUGUUAAAAAAUUGAGUCACAACCUCGAAGAAAUUCGAUUAAGAACUUUGGACAAUAUUAUUUUAAAAUAUGAUCUUGGUUUCGGAUGUGACUGCGAUGCUGUUAAAAAAGAAUUAAUAUCAAAACUGUUUAAUUGGUUUUCAUUUGACACAUUCUCACAAACACAGAAAGUUUUAGAUUUAUUACUUCGUCUGUUAAAGACAGGUGACAAAAGUUAUUUAAAUGCUUUUGGUCAAUCGAGAUUUGAAAACGAACUUUAUGAAUUAAGAGGAAAACUGGGCUCACAGUACUAUGACAAAUUAAAUGAAAUCGCAAAUGUUGUUACUGGUACAAAUAAUUUACAGACAACAAAUUCUAGUUCUUUGAGAAUGGGAUUUAUUGAUUAUGACAGACACAGAACAAGAAUAAAAGAUUAUGAAUACAAUGGAGGUAAAACACAUGAAACAAAAGAAGAUAAUUCUUCAUGUUGGUCCAUUCCUUCUGUUUUGGAUAGUUCUAUACCAUUUGACUUAACAUUGGAAUGUGGAGACAGGACACCAAUAUCAAAGACAACAGAUGGAGGUGUGAAAUGGAUAAUAAUGCCAUGGCAGGCUUUAGUCACUUCAGACAGAGGUGUUCUAGCAGCUGUUGAAGAAGCUUUGAACAAUAUCACUGACACAAAUCUUUUGUUACAUACAUGCCAGUUUAUAACAAAUGUAAUGAUGCAAGAUUUUCCAGCAGAAGUUUUUCUUCAAAGACCAGCUAUAGUCUUGAUUUUGCAUAAUCUUUUGAAAGCCAGUGCAAAUGCCUCAAACAGUAAUAUUAGAAGUGUCGUACCAAUGAUAUUAAAAACACUGCAUAAAUUAACACAAUCUCUGAGACUAAGAAUCUAUUAUUACUGUGAACCAUGUAUUGCAAAUAAAAAGCAAAAGUUAUUAGCAGAAAAAUUAAACAGCAAUGUUUACUCUUCUUCUGACACUAGAGAUAGUCCCGAUGGUGGAUUUCUAGAAACUAAUUAUCAAGCAUACCAGUCUACAGGUACAAGUGAACGAAGUCAAAGCACGACAGACAAUAUUGAUGAUUCUAUCUUGCAACUUCAACGAAUGCUUAUACCAACAUUUUGCAUUGAGUCUUUGAAACACGUUAUAUCACAACUGAGUAUUCCCAUUAACUCGACAUUUCCAUUAAAAAACAUUAAAUAUAUAACAGAUCUGGCAUAUGAAUUAGUACAACUUCUUAUUACCAGUGUCAUGCCAAAUAUUUGGCUUUGUAAUGACGACAUGGCUUUAAGAAUAACGGAAAAUAUGAAACUACUAUUUAAUAUUUUGGGAGACGUUUUACAAUAUUUCGAAAACUAUAGUACAAUUGAUCACUUCAGGAUAACAUAUCUGCACCUUGUGACUAUCACAAUGAAACUUCUAAGUAAUAUCGUUCCUCUGGAAAUAGCAGACGCUGUUUUUCCUAAAUCACUUAAAACAUCAAUAUGUACAGCUAUAAUGGAUGCUCCAAUAUAUUUCUUAUAUCCGAGAUUACAUUUGAUAUUGCAAGAAUAUGGGCAUCAAUUUCAAGGUAAUACUGAAGUUGCAUACAUCAAAAUGUUUGAUGAAACAAGGAUGAUAGCAAAAUCAAUGAAAGCAGCUAUAUCCUUGAUGAAAAGUACAUCAGAUUUGUCUCAUUCAGAUACUUUGAAAACGUUAUAUGUUUCGAAGUUGAGUCUAUCUUAUCACAAAAAUUUCCAUAUUAUCAAAAAGACCAUCCGAUUUUUACAAAACAUACACAGAUACCCUCUGAACAACGAGGAUCACAUAUUAGCCACAAAAUUAAUAUUGAGCUUAUUGGCUAAUGGGGAUAUUUCUGUACAGUAUGCAACUUAUAUGGAAUGUUAUACUUUAGUUAGAAGCAUUCUAGGUAUAGAUUAUAGCAGUGAAAAAUUGUCCUGGGAAAAUUUAACAUUUCUGUUUGAACCUCCAAUCCUGACAGAAAUAAUUUCUCAUGGAGUGAUGAGCGAUGAUAAGAGGAUAAAGGAAAUUUCUGAAGAAAUACUAGUUUAUAUACUGAAAGGAAGAUUACAAAUGGGAGAAAGUGGAUGGCUAAAAUUAUUAGAAACUAUUGUACCAGUAUUACCCCUCUUGCAAUGCCAUGCUCAUCCUUUAACAGCUUUAGGGCAGUACGUAACGAAACUCUUUGAUCCUGAUGUUUCUUCUAGUAUACACUUACCAUAUAUCGAGGUCCUCAAAGGUAAUUUAAGAUAUCUGUUCUCGUCGGAAAGCGAUAUUAGACAAGAAGCUGUUCGCCGAUUGAUUUGGCUUCUCGGAAAAGAAAAAGAUUCAGUUAAAAAAUUUCCACGGUUGUCGUCUCUACAUGGAUUACCUCUUGGCUCACUUUGUAUACUUGAACACCAAGAAUUUCUUAAAAAAUCAGAAGGCAGUUAUCAGAGGAGUAAUUUAUUAUCCGUGCUAGAAAUGUUAAGUGAACCUAAUGUUGAUCCGAAAAUGCGGAAAUCUGCAUUAGUCCAAAUUAGCGUUAUGCUGUCGGAUAGUUCUUUGCAGAAAUUAUUUAUUGCUGAAAAUGGGCUAAUAUUAAUUUUAAAGAUAUUUGGCAGUGCAUUACUAGAAAAAGAUUGUAUUAAUUAUCCAGAUUCUGUGAUUCCAAUAAUCUCUAUACUGAACAUGUUGGCAUCUACCGAAAACUCUAUACGUCAUGAUCUAUCGACUCGUAUCAAUGUACUUUCGAAUAUAAUCAGAAGUAUCUUUUUAUUUCCAAAUAACGAAUGUGUUCGAAACGAUGGUUCCCAACUUUUGUGUUUAUUGCUUUAUAACGAAUAUAUAAUGAGAUUAAAUGAAAUUAAUUCAAAAAAUAUUUCAUUGCCAUAUCUUAUUGUAUGCAAAAUGAAAUUACCAUUUCUUUGUAAAUCACAUUGGAAAAUAAGUAUGCAUACGCGAUCAGAUACUUCUGUUCUUCAUAGUUCUAAUCGAUUGGUAUCAACCUUUAUUAAACAGUAUUGGAUUUGGGAAUGGAAUAAUGGUUUAAGUUUGCUUUGGAAAAAUUGGAGUGAUGUCAAUAAUACAAACAUAUCAGAAAACUUAAAAAUCCAAGAAAAUGAGUUCAUGACUUUACGUUUCAGUCUUCCUCAUUACUAUUGCCAACAGCAACUAUACAAUAUACAGAAUUCUACUACACACGAUGCAGUCUCAUGUGCACUUGAUUAUCUUACAAUGUAUAUAAAAUUUUACAAAAUGCAACAAUACGAAGAAGUAAAGGACAUAAGUUCGUUACCUUGGGAACAAACAUUUGAACGAUUUUUGCUCUCUCAUCCUGCAAGUAAGGAGGAUCGUGAAUUGUUUGUAGACGUUGUAAACUUUUUACAGCUUUAUGUAGAUAUUACGAAGAAUGGAAAAAAUAGAUGGACGAGCAAGAUCGUGAAACAUAUAACCAAAUUAUUAGCAGAGUUAUUUAAAAAUUCAGAGCUGGAUAAUCAAGAUGUACAUCAGUCAAUAUUGAAGUUGGCUCGUACAUGUUCAGCUGUAGAGAAAUCCGAAAAGUCUGUUAAUGAAGAUCAAGAUAUUUGGCUUCGCUUUAUCGAACUUGUAGUUUCUACUUUAUGUUUUGGAGACCAACAGCAUUUUUAUAAUUUAGCGUACCUUGAUUGGCUGUUAACAUGCUUGACAUAUUUAAUUGGAAAAUGUCACUGGGCAAAUUAUAAAAGCUUAUUGAUAUCAUUAGGAAAUACAUUGAUCGAAUUAAUCAUAUCUUUUCAUGGCGCUGGAACUGUUAGUUUUAUGGGUUUGUCCAUAACUAGAAAUUCUAUAUUAUGCCUUAAUCACUUAUUGUAUGAAAUGCAGAUAAAUUUUAAUAAAAAUGCGUUCGCAGCAUUUUGGUACGAAGACGGUCGCACAUUAAACUGGUUACCCAUGCUGUGGCAAAAUCGAGAUCCUUUGGUCCGGGCAUCGGCUUUACAAUUACUUACUGGUUUAAUAAACAAUGUGCAUACUGCUUCUCAACUUUUAACUACUAUAGCUUUAGCACCAAGUGAAUUUUGCCAGACACUGCUUGAAUGUAUUGUCAACAGUGAUGAAUCAUGUAUAGUUAGAGAACAAGCAUGUCUUGCGUUCAGUAAUUUAGUGAAAAACUGCAAUUCUGUGCCUUUUCAAUACGUCGAUUCGUUGAAAGCAAAUGCAAUUUUAAUAUACAUUGAACAGAAUAACACUUAUUAUGAAAUUAGUAUUUUAUGUUCUAACAUUUAUAUGCAUACUACCCUGGAUUGCGAUAUAAUGGAGAACCGAGAUCUAGAAAGUGAAACUACACCGUCCAUUCAUAGUAUGCAAUCUGGUUGUACAUCAUUAGUACCACGUACAAUUUCUUAUUUAUACAAUUGUCAAGAUGAAUUGCAACUUUUUUCAGUAGGAGGAUCAGGAAUAACAGACAGUUAUUUACAAUUAGUGGUAACACCAUCCUUGAUAACAGCUGUGUGCAGAUUGUUAAAUAAUUUACUGUUUGUAGGAAAACAAGAUAUAGUUCAACAAAUUUAUGAACAUUCUAUAGAUAAAUAUUUAUUUGGGUGCAUAAACGAAAUUCCCAAAGAUAUUGACAGCGAACCGAAUUUGUCACAUUACUGUGAUAUUUUGGAAAUGUACAUUAGCAUUUGUACAGUUCUGAUCAAUUGUAUCACGUACAGUAACGAGUAUAUUACCGUCAUUAACUUCUCUCCGGACUCGCUCCGUACACUACUUUGCUUCCUAAAUAGUGAUUUAUAUCGUACUGAUACAUCACACCUGGUGUCGUUAAAGAAUAGACUGUGGGCGGAGAUUUUUAAUUUCAUAGCCGUACUCUCAUUAACUGAUAAUCAGCAUUUCGAGACGAUACAAACGGCCUUAGAAUUAUCUGAUCCAAAGAAAGUAUUCUCCUCUAUUUGCACUGCAAUAAAAGAUUCUAAUGUAGAACUUCAUAUGAGCGCUAUUGGCUGCCUUGCGUUUCUUCUUUCACUGGAUAUUCAAAAAGAUUCUUUAGGGAAAAGCAAUGUCUCUUUGCAGACUGUAAUAGAUACUACUCUAGUACAAACUUCAAAUGGCAAGAAGAAUAACUUAAGAGAAAUUAUCACAGACAUAAAUAAGCCUUCCCUGCGAAGUACGAAUGCAAACUCGAGAAGGUCAACUGAAAAUGAGGACAUUCUUUUAAUUUACGAUAAAGUAACGGAUAAUGAAUUUCAAAAAGGGGAGAUCCUAAUCGGAGAAGAGCUAUGUGGUGUUUUAUUAAAUUUGCUUAUUGUUCAUAAUUAUAAUAAAUCAAAGAAGAAUCGCAAAAUCCAAGACAAGGACUUAAUCACAAGCGCGCUUACCAAUUUGUUGUGUGUAUCGAAUACAGCUAAGAAGUUCGCAUUAGAAGAGCAUUUACCUGAAACUAUUCUACUGAUAUUGAAAGAAUUAUACGUUAGGUUGAAUCUACAACCUUUUGAACUUUUUAAAAAUCAAAUGGAACGUGAACGAAAGAUCCCUCCACUGCUACAUGACAUAAACGGUAUUUUCAUAUUAUUAAUGAACUUCAUGUAUGGUCACACAAAAGAGAAGGAAGUUCUGACAAAAUGUGGAUUAGCAGAUGUGCUGCACAAAUUGUGGAUUUGGAUUGCAUUACACAAUUCUGUUGCAACGACUGCUUUGAAAUUACUUGCAACUUACACUACACAAUGUCCCGCGGCGGCACAAUCGUUAACAUUAACGACUAUCUUGCCAGGAGCAGGACUUAGAAAGACUCCCAAUACGCUCGCUUUGAUCCAUGUUGUUAUACAAUUAAUUUGUAAAGAGAUAGACAAAGCUGGUCAGUCGUUUGAUAAUCAUAAGUUACAUUUUGCGUUUCAUGUUCUUAGAAAUGCAGUACACGUUUACGAAUGUAGAGUAUCGAUGGCAAAGAGCAAUCUACUACAGUUUUUUACAAAAAUACAUCCAGUUACCACAAAAAGGAUGAAGCCAUGGCCACUUAUCGAACUGUAUUGUUUGGAAUUCUUAAUUGAUUUUACUUUUUACGACGAAGGCCAAUUAUGUGUAUCAAAGGCUGUCGACGGCUUAGAUGUUUUAUUACAGUUGUCAAAAUGCUCUUCAUCGUCUAAUAGAAUUCUUGCUAUAUCCAUAUUGCGCAAUCUCGCAUUUAAUACAACAAACCGGCCACGGUUACUUAGUUCAGUUGAUUUCAUUAAUGUUCUACAUGAUAUAUUUAAAAAUGGUUCCUUAAUUGAAAUCAAAGUAGCAGGUUCUAUGUUGUGGUCUUUGAUAGCUAACAAUCAGAAAGGAAAAUUAAUUGCACGAACCUCUGGAUUUUCGCAAAGCAUUCAGGAGACUUUGGGCAGACUCACACUUUUAACUAUAGACGACAGAAAACAGGAACAAGAAUUAAUUAAAAUGUUACAAUAUGUAUUAAGAAUACUUAGCCCAAUAGAUAUAAAAAAUGGAUGA